CUUUUAUCUACCACUCUCCAAUGUGUGUUCUUAUAUUCCCCGCCCCCUUUUCAUAAUUACUGCAACGAUUUGAUUUUCUGAAUUGGGGUUUGUAGGAGAUUUAGGGUUCAUCUUAAGAUUGUGAGGAAAUGAUGCAAAUUCAAUUACUCUCCUUCCCAAACUGCACUCGACCUUCAGCCAGCAUUUCAGCUUCUCCCAGCGGUUUCACUCUCUUUUCUUCUAGACACCAGCUACCCAAACUUGCGGGAAAUCUACAUUUCCCGUUUUGUUCUUUUAAUUCGUCGAAAAGGGUAUCCGGGUUUCAAUUAAGAUCGAGAAAAUGCGGUGGUUUGGCUAGGGUUCGAUGUGAAGUGGUGGAAGACGAUGGGUUUUACAUGAGGAGGUGUGUGGAGCUGGCCAGAACGGCAAUUGGGUUCACAAGUCCUAAUCCUAUGGUGGGAUGUGUUAUUGUGAAAGAUGGCAAGAUUGUUGGUCAAGGGUUUCAUCCUAAAGCUGGCCAGCCUCAUGCCGAGGUUUUUGCUUUGAGAGAUGCUGGGGAUUCAGCUGAGAAUGCAACCGCAUAUGUGAGCUUGGAGCCAUGUAAUCACUAUGGAAGAACUCCGCCGUGUACCGAAGCAUUGAUUAAAGCCAAAGUGAAAAGGGUGGUGGUCGGUAUGGUGGAUCCUAACCCGAUUGUAGCUUCAAAGGGGGUGGAUAGAUUGAGGGAUGCAGGAAUCGAUGUGACUGUGGGUGUUGAAGAAGAGUUAUGCAAGGAUCUCAUUGAAGCCUAUAUCCAUCAAAUGUUAACCGGGAAGCCUUUCGUGACUCUUAGAUAUUCCCUCUCGGUCAAUGGUCACCUUUUAGACCAGCUCGGGGAAGGAGUCACCGAGGCUGGUGGAUACUACUCAAAGUUGUUGCAAGAAUCUGACGCGAUAAUAGUUUCUGGAUCUUUAACUGAGAAGCUUUCAAGUUCGAUGUCACAAGAGCCGGUUGCCAAUCAACCUCUUCAGAUUGUAAUAGCAAGUGAUCCCGAUCAACUUCCUCUUGCUAAAGAAGUCUCUAAGACUAUAGUAUUUGCAGACAGAGAGAUAACAGCAGAAGGAUAUUUGGCAAAAGGACUCGAGGCAGUGGUGUUGGAUCCGAUAAAUUUGACUCCAAUUCUAGAGCACUGUAAACGCCAGGGGUUGUGCAGUGUUCUAUUGGAUUUGAGGGGAAGCUUUGGCGAUCUCGAAGGACUUGUUAGAGAAGCUAUUGAGCAAAAAGUGUUGCAAAAGAUAGUUGUGGAAGUGUUGCCGUAUUGGGAUGAAGCAAACGGUGGAGAGUCACUUGUGGCAUUGAAUGGUUUGGUUAAAAGACUAGAAGUGAAGAACUUGCUGCCCGUGACCUCAAAUCGAAGCGUUGUGAUUGAGGGAUAUCUUCAACAUAAGUGAUUAUUAUCUUAUCGGCAGCCACCAUGUUUGUAUGAUAGGAAGAUGACCCCUGGAUGUCAAGCGAGUCUAUGACAGAGGGAUAGGUAUGAAUACUCAUUAAUUGUUAAACAUAUACCAUUUUCUUCUGGCAAACCUAAUAAUAUUUAUGACAACAGACUUGGAUUGCAAUCAAUAAAAGAAGGCAGUUUUUUUUUUUA